CAGCGAUUCAUUAUUUGCCUGUGCGCAUUCGCAAAACGUCGCAGUGCUUCCUACACAUUGUCUUUCCGUGCAGAAGUCCUUCAACGGCGGAAGUCAUACCCACCUCCUUCAAACCGCCAUGGCUACUCUCUACGAUCUAAAGAAGGCUCUUGAGCGCAGCAUCGACACCGCGAGCCAGGAGAAGACUGCCGUCUCAUCUGGAACACGGCUCCUGUCAACUUCCGAGUACAGUGAUGGCUUCCAGGCCCUGCGCGAAGCCUCGGAGCAGUCAAACUACCGCAGCUUUAUCCUGCCUCAGCUGGAGUCGCUUUUGACACCUCUUGUCCGGUCCCACGGCCAGAUCAGCGUCCUUGAGAUCGGACCUGGACCCAAGAGCGUACUCCGAUAUCUAUCUAAUAGUCUCAGGAGUAGCAUCCGGAAAUAUGAUGCUUAUGAGCCUCAUGGCCAGCAUGCUACAGACCUUCAGAUGUGGCUUUGCCCUAUUCUGGACACCCGGCCCCUACUGCCAUGUUUGGAGACGCCUCCUAUCAUACAUCGCAAACCUUUCACUGCCGACAUCAACGCGAAUAUCAGUGCCGGUACAGCGAGGUACGACGUGAUCCUCUUCUGCCACAGUAUGUACGGGAUGAGUCCUAAGCGCGAGUUCCUCGCCGGGGCUCUCGGCAUGCUCGACAGGUGGCCUCGGAGUGGACUGGCGAUUGUUUUCCAUCGAGAGGAAACUUUGCGACUCAACGGUCUGCCAUGCCACAAGACAGCCGUUCAUCCAUCCGGGACUAUUUGCGUGAAAGAUGACAAUGAGACGUUGGAUCGCUUCGCGCCCUUCGUCGCCGGGUUUGCUAUGCGAGACUCAGGGGUACACAAGCUCAUCCUGGACGAGUGGCGCGACCAAUGCCGCGUCUUGGGCCGUCGCGACACGGCCUGCCGAGGUUAUCUCCUGUUUAGCUCCCCCAAUAUCAUGGUUUCCUUUGCUAGUGAGGCGACUGGAUUGGCGCACCUUACCUUGAACCUCCCAUCUGCAUUGAGAGUGGACGAGCCCAGAGUCAAAAACCGCCAGGCUCGCCUUCACAGUCCAGCGGCUAUCGUGAGGCCGACAGAAAUUCUACAUGUCCAGCACUGUCUUCAUUGGGCAGCCCAACAUGGUACAGGUCUGACAGUCGUGGGAGGCAGUCACAGUGGUCAGUGCAUCUGGCCCAACGUCGUGGCCGUUGACAUGAGCGCCUUUAACAAGAUCCUCGUGAUUCCGAAUGAGAACGGACCAGGCACGGAUGCCAGUGGCCUGGUGGUUGCUGAGGCAGGAUGUACGUCGGGGGAUAUCAUCCGUGAAACAAUAGCGGCAGGUUUGACGGUGCCUCUCGGGGCACGUCCAAGUGUCGGAGCAGGCCUGUGGUUACAAGGCGGCAUUGGCCAUCUUUCCAGACUGCACGGUCUCUCGUGCGACAAAAUUAUUGGCGUCGUCAUGGUCAGCGCCUCAUCUGGGCGCGUCCUCUGCGUCGGGCAUGUGCCUAACAACCACCUUCCUGACCAUGCCGAGGUUCCGGACAACGCAGACGACUUGUUAUGGGCACUCAAAGGCGCAGGGACCAAUUUUGGCGUUGUCAUUAGUGUUGUUUUCAAGGCUUACGCAGCCCCAAUGUAUUCGAUUCGGCACUGGGUUCUCCCACUGAGCUGUACUCUAGAAGCGAGACGCGGACUUCAAGAUUACCACAAACUCGUCUCCGCUAUCACGGACCCGCAUACGUCUGUAGACGCCUAUUUAUUCUUUGAGGACAAGAAGCUUCGGCUAGGUGUGACCAUGAUCGAAGCUUCAACAAGCGAUGACGCCGGCAUCGGCGAUAAGAUCUCACCCACAGCCACACCUCCGUCCGCCACUCGAGUGCUCGGGCCCGAACAUGAGUCCAAGUUUGUUGACAAUGUCGGCCUGUUUGAUACGGAAAUGUACAUGUCGGGUAUGCAUGGGGGACAUGCUGGCGGCAAAACGUCCUCCUUCAAGCGUUGCCUAUUCUUCAAAACUGUUAUGGCGACCCACGUCGCGGACAAGCUGUUGGCAGCAAUCGAAUCCCGCCCAUCGCCCCUUUGUUAUUUCCAUCUCUUGCAAGGUGGCGGAGCAAUUGGUGAGAUGGCAUCUGAUGCAACGGCCUUCGGCUGUCGAGACUGGGACCUUGCCUGUGUCGUUACAGGCGUCUGGAGCCGAGACCAAGACGGCACUGGAGCAUCUCAAGCCGCCAUACAAUGGGUAUACAAGGUUGCUCACGAUUUGCUGCGUCUGAGCCAUGGCGCAUAUGGCGCGGACCUUGGACCAUACCCCAGAGACGCUGCACUGGCGGUAAAGGCAUUUGGUUCCAACGUAACGAGACUUGUCGGUCUGAAAAAGGCCUUGGAUCCCCACAACAUACUCGCCUACGCUUGUCCACUCGUCAAUGCUCCUAGCCAUCCAGCCCUCGUCAUUAUCGUUACGGGUGAUAGCGGCGCUGGCAAGGACUAUUGCGCCGCCAUCUGGGCUUCGAGCUUUGUCUGCGAGACAAGAUUCACAGCGCGUGACGUUAGCAUCAGCCACGCAACCAAGAGAGAAUUCGCGGCCGCGACUGGAGCCGACCUCGAUCGUCUUCUCGAAGACCGCGCUUAUAAAGAGAAGCAUCGUGAUGCGCUGACGGCGUUCUUCCAGGGUCAGGUGAAUGAACGACCAGGCCUGCGAGAACAACAUUUUUUGGAUGUGGUGAACGACGCCAUGAGCACUGAUGUCCUGCUCAUUACUGGCAUGAGAGACAAAACGCCCGUGGCAGCAUUUUCGCAUUUGGUCCCAACCAGCAAAGUGGACGAGGUUCGCGUUCAAGCUAGCAAAGACGUGCGUCGGGAUCGUGGAGGCUGCUUGGAGGAUGUUGACAGGGACGAUAAGGCGAACCACAGCAUGCUUCACAAGCCCGAUUUUGUCUUCCACAAUGACUUGAAAGGAGGAGAGGCGGCCAAAGAGUUUGCCAGAGACCAUCUGCUUCGGCUGUGGAGCGAGGACCUGCAGCGACUCGGGAGUUUGGUGCGGACAACCAGCGACUUUCCACGCAUGGGCGUAGAAUUCCGCCACGUUCUCGGCAUAACACAACAACCUCAUGGGCUGCAUCUCUGCGCUUCCUUACUCAAGUCCCACUUCCAAGGUCAAUGGCGCCGCGUAGAUGCAAUUGUGUGUUGUGGAGCGGGUGAAAUCUACGCCUCAGCAUUGGCCUUUUCCGCACAGAAACCCCUGGCUCUAAUCCGCGAAGCUGGCAAACUCCCCCCCCCCGACAGUAUCCGUCGCCAAGGUCUCGUCGCAUAUUUCGUCUUCCUCAUCAGAGGAAUUAGCAAAAAGCAGGAUUCAGAUAGGCGCAGACGUGAUUCCUCAAGGUGCGCGUGUCCUUGUGGUCGAUGACGUGCUUGCAACAGGUCGAACAUUGUGUGCCAUAUUGCAGCUUCUGCGCGAGGCUGGUGUCAGCGCUGGCAAUAUCGACGCUAUGGUAGUAGCAGAGUUUCCGAUCCAUCGUGGACGGCACCUAUUGCUCUCUUUUGGCUUUGGCGAUGUGCAGAUCCGGAGUCUUGUGGUCCUCGGAGGUGCCUGAAGUUGAUAAGAAGGAGC